GCAAGGGACUGGGACAAUUUCAUGACGGUUAAUUUUGGUUUUGGACUUUGUAAGGUCUGUUUGGUUGAGGACAGCAUAAUUAGAUUUGCUUGUAAAUUAAGGUUUGUAAUAUGAGCUUUAGUUAUAAUUAAGUAGUCUUCUAGCAACUAAUUAAUUAAUUGGUAACCAUAACUCCUGAAAUGCAACAUAUUUGUUUGAAGUUUCUUGCAGAAAGCAAUAUUUGAACAGUGUCUUAAUAAUAAGGUUAAACUUCUCCUCGUGAAUGAUCAAAAUGGAACCUUACUCUUUGAAUAUGAAAUAUACAUCAAUUGUUGAAUCAAAUCUGGCUCGGUGUAUAAAUCUAGAUUUUAAAAUAUAACAAAACUAGAACAUUGAAUCUUGCUUAUAUUAUACUUCAUCAUCAUUAAUCUAACACAUGGUCAUUGGGCCCAUCUGAAGCAUCCCUUAUUUGGGCUAACAGCCCAAGUAUGUUUCCCUAAACAUGUUUAGCUAAACACUAAAACAGGGAGAAAUAGUUGCAUUCACAAACAGAAUAUUUGUUUUUUUUUUUUUUUUCAUUUGGUAGAAUAGGUAGAUGAGAAAAUUAGUAUUAUUUUAAUAUUAAAAUGGAUAGAAUCCAUGAAUAUAAUUGAAAUAACAGUGGGUGAGUGGCAGGUAUGGGGCGGAUCUUUUUCUGAUACUUGGUUUAUUUAAUCAAUAAAUUCAUAUAGAACCUGUCAAUUAGACCAAAAAAAUAAUCCUUUUAAAUGGUAGGCAAAUAUGGACAAAUAUUAUAAGUUUAAUGCAAGAAUAUUUUGAAGAUUAGCAUGGUGCUAAACGGUCAAGAAGCAGCUGGAGCCACACAGACUAAAGUGAGCUGGAGCUGUAAUUGGCAGGUAAAUGCCUGACUGCCCACCUUCAAAUACCUAAAAGGAACCGAUUAUUGCUUAAUUCAGUGAGUUGUCAAUAAUGACAAUCCAAUACGAAUUAGCCAAUGCUCAAGAAAAAGCUAAAUAUAUUACGUGGCUUAAUCUUGUUAGACUUUGGAUUUUCUAUUGUCACCCUUUAAAUAUUUGCAUAGAAUUUUGUCCAGAUUUCUUCAUAGUGUUCAGCACUUCCACCUUCUUCUCUCUUUAGUAGAUAAACUGAUACAGGCCUAGGAUAGGAUGAUUCUUUUUAUACCAAGUUAUUAGCAUAUCUGCAUUUGCCUUAAAAGCGUCUUUGAUCCCAAAAGUUUUCCAUCAUCACUUUUCUCCCAUGGCCACCCCACAACAAAAACCAACACAUGCUAAUGAAACCUGGCCUUUACGAGAUGAAGACUAUACCCAAGAUUUUGAAGAGACAAUUUCAUCGCCUAGUUGCGGUUGCUUCCGAGGCCUUUGCUGGUGGCGUCGAAACAGCAAUGAAGGGCAUGGAAAUGGAUAUAUACUGCACCAACAGGCGGCAGAAGAGAUAAGAUCAGAGAGUUGGUUGACGAAAAAAGCGAAGAAACUGAAAGAGAUAUCAGAGGUUUUGGCGGGGCCAAGGUGGAAGAAUUUCAUUCGGAAGUUUAACAUAUAUAGGAUUAACAAGAAAAGAAGGUCGAUGAUGCAGUUUCAGUAUGAUCCUCAAAGCUAUGAACUUAAUUUCGACGAAGGGAUCCAUAGGGAAGAUGAUGCAGGAUUUCCUGAUUUCUCUGCUAGAUUUGCAGUUCCAGCUUGGACUACCCAAAGGGGAGCUGGGACGUGAUAAAGAUUUGAAUUAAUUUUGAUACUAUACAUAUUUAUAUAUUGAGUGAACAAGUCUAAGAUAUUUUAUCUAUAUACUGUACAUAGUUCAUUGUUUUCUCAGCAUUUCGAACUUUCAUGAACGCCCGAUGUGGUGUUAGUUGAUGAUCAAACGUUGGUGGAAAUCGGUUUGUUUUUUGAGCAACUUUUACCAUACUAAGGGAAAAGACUUCCAAUGAGAGAUUCAACCAUGUAUCCAAACGUUUAAUCUUUCUGACUUUAAUUACAACAUCAGUUUGUAAUUAUACCACUUCAUUCUAAA